AUUGUUGGAAAUUAUAUGAACGUGGAACAAUAUGGCAAUACGUGUUGUUCGAUAGUGGUAUAUGCCAUAUACAGUAUAUAGUUUAGAAUUGGAACGGGUAUUACGGUAAGUUUACGAGGCCGUGUAUCAUUCACAAAGAUCUCAUAAAACACACACUCUCUCUCUCUUUUCUUUUGGAACAUAUCCAAAUCCUAAACUAAAUACAACAAUUCACUGCAUCUGCUUCACUUGUUUUUUUAAUAACUACAUUCUACAAUCUCACUAUUUUCAAAUAUUUCAUAGCUUAUUCUUCCUAAAAAUGACUUUUCUUUUCAGUUGGCAUAGCGAUUCUAUUGGAAUUGAUGUUUUUUCCUCGUAAAACACAGUUGUCCAUUAGAGUGUUUGAUUUGAAAAAGGAUUCACAGCUAUAAACACUCUUCCUGGGAAUAGGAGGACUUUGUAGAUUCCUGAAAAGAUGAGGGGAGCUGUUCUUGUAGCACUUGUUGCUGCAGUGGGUAAUAUGUUGCAAGGAUGGGACAAUGCAACCAUUGCAGGUUCCCUUAUGUACAUCAAAAAGGAAUUCAAUUUGCAGACUCAACCUACCAUGGAAGGGCUAAUUGCUGCCAUAUCACUUAUUGGAGCCACCCUUAUUACAACAUUCUCUGGACCUGUAUCAGAUAUGCUUGGUCGGCGUCCCAUGCUGAUAGUAUCUGCAUUGAUGUAUUUUUUAAGUGGUAUAGUGAUGUUUUGGUCUCCCAAUGUUUAUGUCCUCCUUAUAGGAAGGAUACUAGACGGGUUUGGGACCGGUCUUGCUGUUACUCUUGUUCCUGUCUAUAUUUCUGAAACUGCUCCUCCAGAAAUUAGGGGACUAUUGAAUACCUUCCCACAGUUCAUGGGUUCGGGUGGAAUGUUUGUAUCAUACUGCAUGGUAUUUGGAAUUUCAUUGAUGGACUCACCAAAAUGGAGGAUCAUGCUUGGGAUUCUUUCAAUACCUUCUAUUGCUUAUAUUUUAUUGACAAUCUUUUACUUGCCUGAAUCUCCAAGGUGGCUUGUGAGUAAAGGAAAGAUGCGCGAGGCUAAAGAGGUUUUGCAGAGACUUCGGGGCAGGGAAGAUGUUUCAGGUGAGAUGGCUUUGCUAGUUGAAGGUCUUGAUGUAGGGCGUGAAGGAGCAAUAGAAGAAUACAUAAUUGGGCCAGCUACUGAUGGCGAGACCACUGAGAAAGGGCAAGUGAAAUUAUAUGGGCAUGAGGAGGGUAUGUCAUGGGUGGCAAAACCUGUGACUGGACAGAGUAAUCUUGGCAUUGUGUCUCGCCAGGGAAGCAUGGCAAAUCAAAACGUACCUUUUAUGGAUCCUCUUGUUACCCUCUUUGGAAGUGUGCAUGAGAACAUUCCUGCAAUGGGUAGCAUGCGAAGCAUGCUUAUUCCAAACUCAGGAAGCAUGUUCAGUAUGAUAGGAAAUCAAGGUAGAAACGAAAAUUGGGAUGAAGAGAACGCAAGGGAUGAUGAAGACUCUGCGGGAGGAAAUGCAGAUUCCGAUGACAAUUUGCAAAGCCCCUUGUUGUCUCCUCAAGAGUCUAGUGUAGAAAAGGAUGCUGCCCGUCCUGUCAAUAGCAGCAUGUUAAGCAUGAGGCGCAAUAGCAGCCUCUUCAAUCCUGGGGAUGAAGCUUCUACGGGUAUAGGUGGUGGCUGGCAAUUGGCAUAUAAAUAUUCUGAGAGGACCGGUAAAGAUGGCAGAAAGGAAGGAGGGAUUCAAAGGAUGUAUUUGAAACAGGAAGUUCCGGUUGGUCCUCAGCGAGGAUCGUUCCUUUCAGUUGCUGCUGCUGUUGAACCUGAAGAAGCUGAAUUUGUACAAGCUUCUGCUGUGGUCAGCCAAACUGCUGUUCGAUCUAAGCAAGUACUUGGUCAGAUUCCAGACGUACCAUCAAAGGUUGAACCGUCACAAAAAGUUGAUAAAGGUCCAAGCUUUGGCGAUCUCUUUGAACCUGGAGUUAAGCGUGCAUUGAUUGUCGGUGUAACCAUUCAGCUACUUCAACAGAUGUCUGGUAUAAAUGGAGUUCUUUACUACACUCCUCAGAUCCUUGAGCAAGCAGGUGUGGCAGUUCUUUUAUCAAAUAUGGGCUUGAGAUCAGAUUCUGCAUCUCUCUUCUUAAGUCUCCUCACAGCACUCUCAAUGCUUCCUUGCAUAUUGGUUGCCAUGAGGCUAAUGGAUGUAGCUGGCAGAAGGUCAAUAAUGUUGUACACAAUCCCAGUGUUGGUAGUGUCACUCCUUGCUUUAGUCCUAAGCGACGUUGUGAAUGUUGGGUCAGUUUUGCAUGCAAUAAUUUCUGCAGCAAGUGUUAUGACCUACAUAAGUUUCUUCGUGAUGGGGUUCGGGGCAAUUCCCAACAUCAUCUGCGCAGAGAUAUUUCCGACCAGCGUCCGAGGACUCUGCAUCACAAUAUGUGCUCUCACAUUUUGGUUUGGAGACAUAGCCAUUACUUACUUGCUUCCUGUUAUGCUCAAUUCCCUUGGCCUUGCUGGUGUUUUCACCAUCUUUGCCUUCGCCUGCAUUGUUUCCUGGAUAUUUGUUUUCUUGAAGGUUCCUGAGACAAAGGGCAUGCCCUUAGAAGUCAUUUCUGAGUUCUUUGCUGUGGGUGCAACUGCCAUUCCCAAAAAUGACUGAUUGAUUGCAAGUAACAGAGCCAACAAACGUUAAAUCAAUGUGAUUAAUCUAGCUCAAAAGGAUUGUCUCUCAUUCUUUUAUUUUCAUCAGCUAAAUUUUAGGAGUUUUUUGGA